AUGGUUGAAGCUGAAAUGGAAGAAGAAAAUGAAGAUGAAGUGAAAUGGCAAAUAUUACCAACUGAUUUGUUGCAGCAAAUUUUUGCACAUCUGCCGGUCAAAAAUUUGGGCAGAUGUUCACAGGUUUGUAGUUUCGCAAGGCUUUGUAAAUAUUAAUUUAUUGAAACACAUUUUCUAGGUUUGCUCAAACUGGUUUUACACCUAUCACACAGAUUAUCCUUGGAGGACUUUCACAUUCAAAGAUGGUAUUUUUGUAAGAAGAAAGUUUACACAACAUUCUGGUUGGCAAUAUCAUAUUGAUCAUUGGAGAUUACGGUAGAGACAUAGCCACCUUUAUUUUUUCGUUUAAAUUUAUUUUUUAGAUUCCUGAUCACAAACGCUGCUCGAAGAUGGAGAAUUCUAAUCAUCCGACCGGUCACCAAUUUAUUCAACUUGUAUGAAUUUUUUCGAGUUUUGACUAAUUUUUCGGAAUAUUACGAAAGGUAGGAUUACUUUUGAAAAGGUUUUGAGGGUUUUUUUUGGGAAAAUAAGAAUGUUUCAGACACACUGAAGAGGAUCGACCUUUGGCAAUGGUUCGAGAUUUUCAUUUCCAGUGGAAGUUGCAUGUCGAUGAGGAUGAGACAAGUGGGAUUUUGCAGGAUAAGGUGAGUUUUUUUGAAUAUAAAAACAAGAAGGUUUAUGAAAUACUUUCAUUUGACUACAAUAUUUUUCCAGGACAUUGGAACGGGUGGAGAAAUGUUACACACAUUAACAAGUGUUAUGAAACAUUUACACGGUUUGAAAUCGAUAUCUCUGAUUGAUCUUCAAUUAACACACUGGGAAGCCGAUCGAUUCAUUGUUGAGGUAGGUAGAUUUCUUAUCAUUUUUAUUCACAACCAUUUUUCCAGCUCCUUGAUAAAUUUUCAAACCAGCUGACUUAUUUGAGUUUGCUAAAUGUAACUCUACAUCCAAAACCAUUUUUGCAAGUUGGACUAUUUUUGAAUCUCCGAAAACUAUUGGUUUCUCCACAAAUGCUUGAUGCCGAUACUUUGAGUGUUAUUUCAUGUCUUCAGAAUCUUGAUACAUUUUCAAUUAUUCAGGUAUAACUAUGAAUAUACUAUGUAUAAAUAAUCUGAAAUUUUAAAUCUUAUCAUUUGCAGGAUGAAAAAUCGUCAGCGGCUCCAGUUUGCAACAGACAAGCUUGGAAAACGUUCACUGCUCAAAGUCAAGGAAGAAUUCGUGUUUGGCUGAUUCUUCGAGGUAUUUAUUUUUGAAAUGAUGUGUUGUGUUUCUCAUAAUCGAAGGAUUAAUUUUUUUUCAAAAGUGCACAAAGAAUUUUUGAAAAUUCGAGAUUAACAGCUGAUUUUCUGAUAUUCUGUUUUAUAGGAAAGCCAAAAAUACAUCUGAUUAUUCAACCAAAUGCUCCAGUGUAUGGCAUCAAAAUGGAAAUGAGUUCUGGACAGUUAACAUUAGAAACUGCAGAACAGGUAAGAAAAUUUGAAAUGUGGUAUGUAUGCAAUGAAGUUAAGUACACUCAUAUUUCAAAAAAAACAAACAAUAAAUCAAACUCCAAAUUAUGUAGCUGUCUGAAAAUAAUUCAAAUCACAAAAAUUAGUAUUCAAUUGCCAUAUGUCUGAAAAACACCACAGUUUUUCCAAAUACUAAUAUUUUUUGAUCAUAAAAGAAAAAAUUCUUGAAAUUGGUUUCAAUAUUUGAACUCGUUGCACUUUGCAAAGCCUUUGAGUGAAUUUUUUAUAAUUUCAAAUCUCUGAAUCAUCAUAAAACACUUGGAAUCGAUGAUAUAAUUUUUCAAGAUUGCCAACUUUUACUCAAAUACAUUAUGCCAGUUUGUUCAAUGUGGUUUGGAAAGAUAUAAGCGAGGUGGAAAAAUGAAUGAGCGAGUUGAUUUGGCACUUUUUGAACUUUGUAGGAGGUCAGUUUUAUUUUUGAAAAUGAAAACAAAACGUCAUUUUUUUUUGAAAAUGUUCCCGGCAUUACAAAUGAAUGUAUUUCAUAAGUUUGUACGAUUUAUCAAAUCUCCACCUUAAAACCAUAAAUCUCUCAAUGAAAGGAGAAAACAGGGAAUUAUACAUAUAAAUAAUUUUGAUUUCAAUUCCAAUUUCAAUAAGCAAAACCAAUGUUUUUCGUACGUCAUUUUAAGCUUAUCUUACUUUUCCGUAUUAGUCACUAUCAAAAUAUGUACAAUUGAGAAUCGUUGAUUUUUCAGAUGUUUGAAUCUUGAAGUGGUCAGUUGCCGUGAGAGGAUUUCGCAUGGAACCGCUGUCAUGUUGGCGAUUUUUGCGCAGAGAAAUGGAUUCAAAUUAUUUUUGAGACAAAAUGGAUUAUUGAAACGGGUAAUUCAGAGAACAAAAAAAAUGAAAUCACGCACGAUUAUUUGAAAACAUCCGAUUGUUUUUUUUUAUUAUCAGAGAUCAUUUUCAACUUAAUAUCAUCAUAAAAAUUUCGUAGUACGCAAAAAUGUACCACGAUCAAAAAGGGCAUGUUUAUUUUUAGUUCACUACGAUUUAGGAGGAUUUGAAAGAUUUGAAUAUAUACGUGAGGAAUUACAAGUUUUAUAAGUGUACUCUAGAAAAACACUAGAUUUAUUUCCUGAAUUUUCAGGUUUGCUGGUGUCGAACUGAUGUCACAGAACACGAAGUGGAUUUCGAUUGGUUGAAACAAGUUUGUAAAUCGCAAGAGGAGGUCAUUUCAACAAUUCAGAUUCUCACAAAACAAACUUGGCCAGUUUUGGAUGACAAAGCUUUCAACUCUUUCUGUAAAUAA